CCACUUUCGCGGUCACGGAAAACAGUCGGCGAGCGAGUGCGCGGCGCAAACAGCUGAUACACCGUUUUCUGCGGUACGUCCCCUCGCAAUACGAGGAGCACAUGUCCGCCGCGCGUUAAUCACGCUACGGUAAUCGCGCCAUCAUCAACCAACUCCAGUUGCAUUCUCUGCCGCGGUCGGUGAGUAACAGCGGCACGGCGAACGCAAAGUCUCGAGGGGCACGUGCACGCGGGCACGCCGGCGACAGGGCGCACCUCGGUGUUCCCCCUCGUUGUCGGGGUUGUGUGCGAUGAUCAGCGGCAGCCGACGAUAACCGACGCGACCUUCACACCUCAUCGCAUCUCGUCUCUGUCUUCGUCGUCGUCGUCGUCGCCGCGAGGCGUCGUCACUCGUCACUCGUCGUCGUCAUCGUCGUUGUCUUCACCCGCGUAGUGAACCAUGGCCGAUCGCGACAGCGCAUCCGAGAGCGACUCCAGCUCGAUCGACGGAGGGCCGAUCAUGAUGCCGCCGUCGCCGGUCACGCGCGAACAGCUGCAGAAGCGUAUCGACUCCCUGCAGCAGCACAACCGCGUGCUCAAGGUUGAGCUCGAGACGUACAAGCUGCGGGUGAAGUCUCUGCAGGAGGAGAACCGCGGCCUGCGCCAGGCCUCCGUCAUCAUACAAGCGAAAGCUGAGCAAGAAGAGGAAUUCAUAAGCAACACCCUUCUGAAGAAGAUCCAGGCGCUGAAGAAGGAGAAGGAGACUCUGGCUCACCAUUAUGAACAGGAGGAGGAAUGUCUUACUAAUGACCUAUCAAGGAAACUGAAUCAGCUGCGGCAAGAGAAAUGCAGACUUGAGCAGACGUUGGAGCAAGAGCAGGAAUGCCUGGUGAACAAGCUGAUGAGAAAGAUCGAGAAGCUAGAAGCAGAGACUUUGGCCAAGCAGAGCAAUCUAGAGCAGCUGCGGCGUGAGAAGGUUGAACUGGAGAAUACCCUGGAGCAGGAGCAGGAGGCGUUGGUCAACAAGCUGUGGAAGCGAAUGGACAAACUCGAGGCUGAGAAGAGAAUGUUGCAGAUUAAGCUGGACCAGCCGGUUUCAGAUCCCACCUCGCCCAGAGAGAUCAACAAUGGCGACACUGCCACGAAUCUGAGUACGCACAUUCAGACCUUGAGAAGCGAGGUUGCGCGACUGAAGCACACCCUGCUGAUUUCUCAGCAAGAACAUACGGAAAAAAUGAAGCGGUAUGUUAACGAGGAGAAGCAAAUACGCGAGGAAAAUCUGAGACUGCAAAGAAAGCUACAGUUGGAAGUUGAGCGUCGCGAGGCCCUGUGUAGACACCUCUCAGAGUCUGAGUCCAGACAUGAUUUUCGCAGCUUGGAGAUGGAGGAGGAACGGCACUACAACGAAAUCGUAAUGUCUGGGGGGAACAUAAGAACUCGCACGGUGUCCAGUCCUGUGCCCUACAAUCCUUCGCCCAGUUCCUCGAGGCCAUUAAGUCCUGGUGUUAACGUGCUAGGUUCCAGAGAGGGCUUUAGCGCAAACCGGUGCUACGCCUGCGGCCAACCGACUGCCCCUCCGUUUGCGAGCUCGUCGCCUCCUUCAGGGGUAAAUUACUAUCAGGGACACGCUGUGGCACCAACCAGCAGACGCACCUCGGAUCGUUUCGUCAAGCCAGCAAUUCCGCCUACUAUUGUGAGCCCCGGUGGGCCACCGAUCAUCGCUCCCAAUCCCACAGUGAACACCGCGCCUCAGCCUGGAUCACCGAUGGACAUCGCGAAAACAUAAGUCGCCACGUUAAGGAGAGGGCUCUCCACACAGAAACCCCUUUUAUAUAGUCGCGCGCAAGGUACUUCUCUAAACGGUGCGUUCCAAUUAAGAGAUAUGCGGGGGAAGUCACCCGCGCAUUUCGAUUCAAGACACCACCGUCGGCGUUUUUUCUUCUCGGAUGUUAACUACUUCCGUUUGUUAACUACUACUUCAGCUCUAAUGUAUAACACACGGGCUACGGCUAAAAGAGAGAAAGAGAGAGAGAGAGACUUAAUUAUUUCGAACUGAACGAGCACAUAUAGAGUUAAACAGUGCAGUCGCGAUAGCGUCUCGCCUCUCAGUCGCGGGGUGAUCCUUCUCAGCACCCCAAUCUUUCGAUGAUUCCUCUCAUAUGAUGCCCAAAGUCAUCAUUCAGACCGAGCUCAUUAUCGUAUUACGCAAUUAAUAUCGUUUGAGUGUUCUACACGUAAGAAAAUGAAAAAAAAAAGAAACUUUGACAUGUUGCUUCCAUGUUCCAAAUAACCAUAGCAUAAAUAUUUUGGACGCGAACGCCGGGCGGACAUCUACACGGCAUCUGUUUGCGAUAUUACUGUAAUCUAACUGUGCGUUUAAGAACGUGAACGAAAGUAACUAGGGUGUAGUGUGUCGCGGUGUUCACACGGUUUAACAGAUAUGCAUUUGAUUUAGCUUCGAGCCUGAGUAAUCACUUAGCGCACGCAGUACCGUGAUAGAGGUGGAAGUGUGACUCUAGAGGAAAGAUUCCGUCAGUUUCUUCGAAAGGAUUGUUUUAGAACGCGUGGAUUGUAGGCAGAGUCGAACUGUUCGGCGCAGAACUUCGUAUCUAAGAAACUUGUAAUUUAAUAAUUACAAGUUAUGAAAAAGAGAAAGAAAGAGAGAAUGUGUGACAAUUCAAGGCCCUAAAGUUCCAAGACUUCAACAGUCCAACGAUCUGAGAAUCUAAAAAAGAACUUGCGGAUCUAAAAAUAAUGUACACUUGAGAAACGCUUAUAUAAAUAUCUAAUUGUCUAUAAAUAUUAUAUAUAAAUUUUAUAUACACACACACACACACACACACACACACACACACACACACACACACAUAAUACUUAAAGUAAAUAUUUUUGUUUAACGAUCAGUGUAAACCUACAAAAGUGUAAGUGUCCACAUUUUCAAGAUCUUAUUAAUUUAUAAGAAAGCCAGAAAUGCAAUGUGUGAAAAGGACGUCUGAAGAAUUUCCGUGUAUUUGAGUCAUUUAGCUUUCUUAAACUCAGAUGUUUCAGCUCUUAGAAUCUUUGGAUUUUGAAAUCUUGGAUUGCUAACAUAUAGGAAACACAUGUCGCCUCAAGAACUUAUAUCCCUUAAUAUUACAUCUCUUAGUCUUAGAGUAUUUUGCGAAAGAUUGGAAAUUUUGAUAUACUGGGAAAAGCCUAUUGGGAUCUGGUAGCAUCGAAUGUGGCACAUGAAAGACAGAUUUUACAUUUGGGAAUUUAUUUUCUAAUAUAUUGUUUUUCAUAUCAGCGACACACGUUUGCGUUAAUCUGUUGUCUGUUAUGUUACAUCGAAGACUUUGAAGUUGUUGUUUUAAGAAAAAAAGAACGUUCGGGAGAUGGAAUUUCUCAAUUUUCGGAAAAGCUCGAAACUUUAUUUUUAAAACUUCAAUGUCUCUAAUUGUGAAAUUUAGAGACUUUGAUCUUUUUUUUUAAGACUCCUUUUUUUUAAACUUUGGAGUUAUGUUUUAAGAAAAAAAGUGCGUUUGGCAGAUGGAAUUUCUCAAAUAUCGGAAACACAAGACUUUAUUUCUGAAAUUUUAAUGUCUCUAGUUGUGAAAUCUAGAAGCUUAGAUGGUUUUUUUAAGGCUUCUUUUUUUAAAAUCUUAGAGUCAUUGUUCUGAGAGAGAGAAAAGAGAGAGGACGUUCGGCAGAUCGAAUUUUUCAAAUUUUGGAAGCUCAAGACCUUAUUUCUGAAAUUUUAAUGUCUCUAGUUGUAAAAUUUAGAAGCGUGGAUCGUGUUUUUCUUUAAGGCUUCGAGAUAUCUCUCGACACUUGCUUUCGAAGUUUCGAGGGAGAUCUCUUCGUUUCCAGGUUGCGGAAUCCGGAGGACUUGAAUCUUGAGAUUUUGAGAAAUGUUGUAGAGGCCAACACCGAAAGAUCGUCCGUUUUUCGUUCGUUGAAAAUUCUCGAUGUGCGCCUGGUUACCGUGAACUACGAUACGAGAAGCGGAGGGAAAUCAUGGAAGAGAGAUAUGCGAGAUCAAUCGUCUCGCUUACAUAAGAUUUAUUGAAACCUUCUCCUACGAGAGUGAUUUCGUUGCGCAAAAAUUUUUUUUCCUCCGAUCUCGUAAGAUGCAAGAUGACAUUACGUACCCUGAGAACCCUUGUUUAUAACAGGUGUAUUAUACAUAAACGAUAUAUGAGAAUCAGGUCAAAUCGUUGUUUAUUAUGUUGUAUCGAACGGUAAUUAUACGUAACAUACGUGUACAUAUCGUUCGGUAUAUAGACAUAAAUGGUCGUAUAUGGUAUAUAGAAUUUUAUGAUAACGCAAAAGAUUCUUAUCGAUAAUUGUAAUUACGCAGAUAUGCUUCACAGCUAAAUAGUAUGUAUUUUACUCAAGCUUUUAUGAAAUACAGUCAUGUUUUUGCUAUUA